AUGGACAAGAUUAGAAGGUUAAAGAAAAAGUUUGAGAACAAUGCCGGGAAAGGUAAAAAGGGUGAGGAUCGAAGUUUCUCUAAAGCCCAUGAACAUAAUGCAUUUGAACUGUCGAAAAAGAUAAGGGGAAAAGAGGGGAUUAGUGGGAAAGUUAAGUCUUCAGCUGCUAAAUCCAAUGGGAAAGCCAAGGCAAAUAACAAGUCAGUGGUUGCAUUGAAAGCAGAGUUUCAUUCUUCACCUGAUAAGAAAGUAGAUAUUGCGGUGCCAAUGGAGGUCGAUAAGGUGCCUAAGAGUUCGGUUAGUAAUUUGUUUGAUAAGAGGUUCUGUGUGUCUGGCUUAGAAGAAGAACUUCUAAAGCAUAGUUUAGAUAUGGUUGACAGUGAAAGGAAGGCAAUUUUAGAGGCGAGAUGGAGGAAAUUGCAAAUUGCCGAAUUGGAACUGUUUAUUGAGCGAAAUGAAUUGGUCAAGGAGCAUGCCAAGUUGUUAUCGGAGUUCACCGCCAUCAUAGAAUCAGUCGUUCGUCAUCGUGUACAUCACCGAGUUCGAAAGCUUGGACCGAAGGUUGAGUUCUUGAAAAACGUUUAA